CAAUUUUUGACAGCUCUCUCUCUCUCUCUGUUUACCAAAAUGAGUGAUUCUUUUGACACUUCCCGCUUAUGUAGUGUAGGCUUAUUGACUACAGAAUACUAUGAUGAUAUUGGCAACUUUGUUAUGCAAGCAGAAGAAGCAGGACAUGAGUUUAUCGUGACUCCUGUCUCUCACCCUACUUUUAGACGCGUCUUGAACGAAGACAAGACUAACGAUAAACAAGCACACACGAAUUGGAAAGACCGUCCUGUGUUUGAUCGUAAAGAUUUGAUCAUAAAGUCUGCUGAAUGGUCAGGAAGAGCAGUAGGUUUGAUCGCGAACUGGAUCCAACUCGAUUCAACCGAUCCCGAAACCCGUCUUUGUUCUGAACUUGCUUUAAAGCAAGAAAUUGAUUGGGCUUGUCAUAUCAGUCUUGCUGGCCUUAUAUUCCCUGCUUUACCUAAGGGUUCUUUGCACAAUACUGCUCGAGCGAUCAAUCAUGCAGUCAAGUCCAUGUCUUAUACUCAAUUUUUGGUCAGAGUGCCUCUUACAGAUAAAAAGAAUGUUCAAGGCAACAUUCCUUGGAAGCAAUGGAAUAGAUUUAGAACAUUGACUGAACAUAACACCAAGAUUCAUGUUGCACUUGAGAUCACCUCUGAAUUACCUAAUGAUGAACAGUUGCUUAACUUAUGGCUUGCUGAACCUAUCAAGGCAGUCAUUGUACCAGGAGAAAUCUUUGUUUCUAACUCAAAGGGAUAUCCUGUCUUGCCCAAGUCUCAUCAAAAAUUCAUUCAGAAAUUGAUGGAUAAGAUGAAGCCUGAUAUGAUUGUUACUGUGCCUCCUACACAACUCCAUAAGAUGGCAAAACCUUCUUCUUACAGUGAAUAUAUCAACUACCUUAAUCGCCAUUUACCUCCUUUAAAUGAAGUGGAGAAAUUUGCUACUGGUUACCACGACUAUCUUCAAGCUCCUUUACAACCCUUGAUGGAUAAUUUAGAGAAUCAAACUUAUGAAGUAUUUGAAAAAGAUCCUAUCAAAUAUCAACAAUACGAAAAAGCUGUUUAUCAAGCAUUAUUGGACCGUGUUGAACAUGACUCUGACUAUGUCACAACAAUCAUGGUUGUGGGUGCUGGUAGAGGUCCCUUAGUGAACUGUUGUUUGCGUGCAUCUGAAAAAUCAGAACGCAAAGUACACAUCUAUGCUCUUGAAAAGAAUCACAAUGCUUUUGUAACAUUGCAAAAUGCAAAAGCAGAUGUGUGGGGUGAUAGAGUAACACUUGUGUUUGCAGACAUGAGAAAAUGGAGUCCAGCUACCAAGUGUGAUAUUUUAGUGAGCGAAUUAUUGGGCUCAUUUGGUGAUAACGAAUUGUCUCCUGAAUGUUUGGACGGUGCUCAAAAGUUUAUUAAAGAGAGUGGUAUUUCUAUUCCUGCUUCUUAUACUGCUUUUGCUUCUCCUUUGGCUUCUACUCGACUCAACAACAAUGUAGCAGCUUACAAGGACCUUGAGCAUUAUGAAACACCCUAUGUAGUGAUGUUCCAACAAGUAUGUGAACUUGCUUCACCUAAACCACUUUGGACUUUCGAGCAUCCCACCAACGAGGUUCCUGCCAACAGCGACCCUAUCAAUAAUCUUCAUAAUCAAAGAUACAGCCAUGUUGAAUUCAAGGUCAAGCAUGAUAUGGUCAUGCAUGGUAUUGCUGGUUAUUUCGAGAGUGUGCUCUACAAAGAUGUCAUGAUCUCAAUUCAUCCCAAGACACAUUCGCCUGAUAUGUUUAGUUGGUUCCCUAUCUACUUUCCUAUUCGUACACCUGUUCAAGUACCUCAGAACGCUACUGUUUCGCUUGACUUUUGGCGCUUGACAGAUGCCAAGAAGGUCUGGUAUGAAUGGACUGUCGCUGUGCACGGUUCACAGGGUGAAGAAAUGACUGUCUUGCCUAUCCAUAAUGUCAAUGGAAGGUCUUAUUGGGUUGGCUUGUAAGGAUUAUUUGUCAAACAAAAUAGAGGUGCAUUUGUCAACAUGGCAGAUAUUUUGCAAAUGAAGACAUGUAAAAAAAAGAAAUAUUAUAAUUUAUUUAUAACGAGGCCCUCCUACAAUACAGUGGGUUCAGGAAUAGUUGAUAUUAUUCUGCAUACCUCUUGUAUGCUUUUUUUUCAUUUAAUUUUCUUAUAUUGAGCGCU